AUAUUGAUGAGUGUUCCGGUCCAUCACAUGGAUGCGAACAUGAGUGUAGAAAUACCGACGGUUUAUACACGUGCGCAUGCAGGGAAGGCUAUGUGAGAAAUCCAGAUCUUAAAACAUGCACUGAGGACUGUGGUCACCCUGGAAACAUAAAAGAUGGCACUGUGUCUUUGACAUCAACACUGUUAGGCGCAUCAGCAAGGUACUCGUGUCAUCAGGAUUACGGUAUGGCCAGUGGGGAUGAAGUUCGACAAUGUCAGAGUGAUUUUUCCUGGAGUGGUCAAGAACCUACAUGCAUAUUCGCCAACUACUGUGAAAGUUCACCGUGUCUUAACGGUGCUACCUGUGUAAAUCUACUCGGCAGUUUUCGGUGCGAGUGCGCUCAUGGCUGGAACGGGAAUAUAUGUGAAAAUGAUAUAGAGCCCCCAAUGGUGACCGGAUGUCAUGAAGAUAUUCAUGUCAAUGCCACAGAGCAAACUAUUGAAUACAGCUGGACUGAACCCCAGUUCUCUGAUAGUAGAGGGUCUGCCAUAGAUAUUGUGUCCAACUAUCCAACUCCAGAGUUCACCUUUCCAUGGGGUGAUUUUACGGUACAAUACGUUGCCACAAAAAUCUCAAACGGUCUAAGAACCGAGUGUUCGUUUAAGAUCAAAGUUAGACCAACAGCAUGUAGUCCUUUAAAUGUUCCUAUUAACGGAGCACUGUUAUGUAACGGGUGGCAAGCGGACUAUGGCAGGUUCUGUAUGAUCAUGUGCCAGCAGAACUUCACGAUUGGUCCAUCCUUCAGCUAUAGCAUGUGGUAUGUGUGUGGCGCCUCUGGUAAUUGGAUCGCCGCCAGUCCUGUACCAGACUGCCAAGUUCCUGUCGACUCAGAGAACGAGGGUUUGUUCUAUCACCCAGAAUACGCUGGCUACGUGUUUACUCCAUCUUGUCAAGAUCAAGUCACGAAAAGCACGUUGCAAAAUCUAUAUAUAGAAUAUCUGAAGGGCACUUCUGGAUUUUCUUCGUUUUGCACAACUUAUGGCAAUGAAUGUGUAAAGGAAAAUGUUGACGUUCAAUGUUAGAGGCCCUAAUGUACAAUAUGUGUAUAACUUUACAUUGUUACAUACUCCAAGAAUACAACAUCUUGUUCUUUGCCCUAGAAUGGUAUUUUACCGGUAAACAACAUUUACGUUUCAUAACAUAAAAAUGUAUAGAUCAGUUUGAGGUUAAAUGAAUUCCUGGAUAAUUAUAACAAUUAAUAAUUAUAACAAUUAAUACCAUUGAGAACAUGUUUAUUUGAUAUACAUUGCAGGAUAUUGAUACCAAUUUAAAGGCGAUAAUAUAAGUUUCAUAUUCGCUAAAUCUGCUGCAUUAGAUUUUAAUAAAGUCAUAAAAAGUAUAUUAGGUGGAGGUUGACAUUUAACAUGAUUAUGUAUCACUUUGUCUUAAAUCGUUUGCUACCGUAGUUAGGAUUUGCAUUUAUUGUAUAAUCCUUUCCAUUCUCUUUCUUCUAAAUUGUUAAUAACUGAUAGUUCCAAUUCUUCCGUUAACAUUAUGAAGUUUGUCGUUUUAUAUAUAAACCGUUUGUUAUGUUAGUAAAGUCUAUGAUUGUAUACAUUUGUAUAUUUUGUUCUUUGGUUUUAAGUGAUCGUUAUUGUUACAUUUGUGAUGUUUUUGUUAUUUUGUUGUUCUCAUUAUCUUAUCAUGUUUGUUACCAUAACGACAAUAUUGUUUUGUUAUAUACCUUCAUUAUAUGACAGACAUAUUAUGCUCCGAAAUGUUUUUUUUUAUUUUAUUUCUCAUCAGGUUUUUUAUCUUUGGUUUCCUGUUAUAGUUUCCAUAAAGUAGCUCAAUGGCCAAGUUCGUGAACCAGCGUUUGGCUGGCUCUUUAAAGCAACAUACUAGUAAUUUCUCUUACAAUUUGAUGUAGAAGCACAUUAUGCUUCAAAAAUGAAUAAAAUUUUACUUCUUUAUAAAAGCAAAUAUUAAUUUUAUAACAUUCAAAUAAUGGUUUGAGGGCAUGUUAGAUGCUUGUCACCUGAAGAAAAUAACACUAAAUAUGAAUGAAUUUGUCACAAA